AUGAUUCGACUGCUGAAAAGAUACGAAAUACCAAUUGUUUCGUGUCGGAGUGAAUCUGGUGCAAGCUCAAUGAUACGUCGAUGCCUCGUGAAAGGUUUCUUCUCACAGGCGGCACAAUACCAUAGCAGUGGUGAUUAUGUGACCGUGCGAGAGGAUUACCACUUCAAAGUCUAUAAAGGCUCAGCGCUCAUGUAUCGAAAAGAAUUCCCGAAAUGGGUGAUUUUUUCGGAAGUGUUACAAGACACGAUNCGUGAUGUUAGUGUUGUUGAGCCGGAAUGGCUAUAUCAACUGGUUCCGGAAUACUACGAAUUCGGAACGGAUAGUGAAAUCGCCAGAAAACGUUUGAAGGGUGAUCAACAAACUUGA